CUGUUGUGGCCCCUCCCCUCCCGUGCCUUGGCCCCGCCCCUUGCCCCCCCCUGGUUUUGAUCCUGGCUACGCCCCUGUUAAUAAAAGUAAAACAAUUUAUAUAACACAUUUAUUAAAAUUAUAGAUGAUUACAAUAAACACAUCACAGCGGUUCCCAAAAGCCUGUUGAAACAAGGAGGUCUUCACCUGGCAAUGCAAGGACGACAAGGAGGGAGCGAGUCUAGCUUCUCUAGGGAGGGAAUUCCCAAGUCUGGGAGCAGCCACCCUCAAGAAGGCCCUCUCCCGUGUCCCCACCAAGUGUGCCUGUGAAAUUGAGUUUAUUCUCUUCCCUUUUUAAGGAGAGUGCCACUUAAAUGUGCGACUGCUAAAGGAGGAGUGCUGGUGCUGAGGCCUUUUUAGAGGAAUGAGGCUACCAUGGGUGAUGGAAAUGCUGUUGCAGGUUACUGGGUCGGUGUAUCUAUUUCUUGGUGCCUUUGGAGAAGGUUGGCUCUGAAUCCGAGUCAGAUGCCACAAAGAAGAACAAUUAGGCUUUUUGGUUCUGUGGGGAACAUGCUGAACCCACGGCCCCUAGAUCAUCAUGCUGUGCCGAUUCAGAUUGCAGACGGCGGGGAAUUACACAAUUAAAUAAAUAAAAGUAUCUCCACAUAGGAAACUUGCAAGCUGCGGCAAAACUGUGCUCAAACUCUCCUCCCUUUAUAGAGAGAGUUUUUAGUUUCUUUUCUAUGGGAGAGCACCCUUGGCCGUUUGGUCUGGACCUUGGGCCUGUCGCCUCAUGGUGAGCCAGGCCCACGCCAUGCAGGGCUGGCUGCUUCCCCUUGCCCAGAUUCCAUUCCCAUCCUGGGUGGCAGCUGCUGGGGGCCAUGGGGCUAUUUUUAACCCCCCGUCCGCCUCUGGUGUCUCUGUGCACAUUUGGGCUCUGGCGGGGAGGAGGGUUCUGAGCUCACAAGGUAUUAAUUCCUCUUUUACUAAGGAGGGGAGCAUGUGGACAGAUAAGGUGCCCAGCUGCCGGCAUGCUUUGCUGAAACAGUCUCUGGUCUCCAUCCCAGGGCCUGUCACUCCAGCCUGGCUUUCACGCCAGAAUCGGCAGCUCCCACCCAGAUCUGGGAACUUUGCUCUGAGGAAUAUCUUCUCCCUGGGGAAAGGCGUCGGGAACAGGGCAGGUCUUCUCCCCUUGCCCUCCCCCCUCCCCAAAUACACACCUCCCUAUAACAGGAACUGGAAGAUCAGCAGAGAAAAGGGUGCCAGUUAAUUUCAUUUUAUGCUUGGCCACUCCGAAUCGCUUCCCUGUGUAUCUUUGGAGGUGGGGGAAACAAUGCAAGAGGGACUAGGAGGCAGUAGGCCACUGAGUCCCUCCUGCUCAGAUGAUGCUCCGAGCACCCCUCCAAUACCCCCCCUGCCUUUCCCUGCUGUGAUUGGAGGAGGGCAGCUGGGAUCUGAUGAUGAGGAACAAGAAGACCCCCGAGAUUACUGCCGAGGUGGGUAUUACCCGGUAAAGAUUGGGGACCUGUUCAACGGGCGCUACCAUGUGGUGCGGAAACUCGGCUGGGGGCACUUUUCGACUGUCUGGCUUUGUUGGGACAUUCAGCGGAAGCGUUUUGUGGCCCUCAAAGUGGUGAAGAGUGCUGUGCACUAUACAGAGACAGCCGUGGAUGAGAUAAAGCUGCUGAAAUGUGUGCGAGACUCUGAUCCUUGUGACCCCAAGCGUGAGAACAUUGUCCAAUUGAUUGAUGACUUCAAGAUCUCGGGAAUCAAUGGUGUCCAUGUCUGCAUGGUCCUUGAGGUUUUAGGACACCAACUAUUGAAAUGGAUCAUCAAGUCCAACUACCAGGGACUUCCUAUACCCUGCGUCAAGAGCAUCCUACGGCAGGUAUUGCAGGGCCUUGACUACCUCCACACGAAGUGCAAAAUAAUCCACACAGACAUAAAGCCAGAGAACAUCCUGCUUUGUGUAGAUGAGAGUUACGUGCGCCGCCUGGCAGCUGAGGCCACUGUCUGGCAGCAAGCUGGGGGCCCGCCCCCCUCUGGCUCUGCAGUCAGCUCUGCACCCCAGGAGAGCCUGUUGCACGCCCUUCAUGCCUUGUGUGUGUUCUCCGGAGUUCAUGCUUCUGCCACAGAGCACACCCUUGUUUCUAACGGGAAGCUUUCGAAGAACAAGCGGAAGAAACUGAAGAGGAAGCAGAAACGACAAAGUCAGCUCCUGGCAGAACGGCUCCGGGACCUUCAGCAGCUGGAGGAACUGGCGACCCUGGCAGCAGGAGAUGCCAGCGAGCCAACAGCAGAUCCAGACCUGCCUGGCGGAGCCCCCAUCAUGGUCUCCACAACUGGGGGGAUAGAGCCCUCAGGAGGCUCUCUCGCUUGCAGCCCCCAGAGUCUGACAUCGUCUUCUGGUUUCUACACACACAAUGCCUAUGACAGCUGCAAUGGGCACUCUCCACCAGGCACAGCCAGUCGCCAUUUCAGCCCUGACUCGGCAACCUCCGGCUUCUCAGGGUCCCUCUUCUCUGGCUCAGCCAUGUCAGGGGUCUCUAACCAGCGGGAGCAUGGAGGGCUUCUCUCCCCCAGCACUUUUGGCACCUCUGAAUUCCUGGUGAACCCCUUGGAACCUCAAAAUGCAGACAAAAUCAGAGUGAAGAUAGCAGAUCUGGGAAACGCCUGCUGGGUGCACAAACAUUUCACGGAGGACAUUCAGACUCGCCAAUACCGGGCACUGGAGGUGCUAAUUGGUGCCAUCUACAGCACUCCUGCUGAUAUCUGGAGCACAGCAUGCAUGGCAUUUGAGCUGGCUACUGGUGAUUACCUCUUUGAACCACACUCAGGCGAGGACUAUACCAGGGAUGAAGAUCAUAUUGCCCACAUUGUUGAGUUACUAGGCGAUAUUCCUCCACACUUUGCUCUUUCCGGGCGCUAUUCGCGCGAGUACUUCAACAGGAGAGGGGAACUGCGCCACAUUAAGAACCUCAAGCACUGGGGCCUAUACGAGGUCCUGGUGGAGAAAUAUGAGUGGCCCCUCGAGCAAGCAGCCCAGUUCACGGACUUCCUCUUGCCCAUGAUGGAAUACAUCCCAGAAGAACGCACUACAGCCUCCCAGUGCCUGGAGCAUCCGUGGCUCAACUCUUAAGGCCAGGCAGAAGUCCAGACAGACUGGUUGCUUGAAGGAAGCAGUCUUCGAGCCGGCACAAGAUUUCCCUGGCACGGACCUGGUCCCAUCACUGGAGUUGAAGGGCGGGGGGAAAGGCUGUCUCCCCCAGCCCCUCCCCCUAAGUGGACUGCAUUGCAGGACUGGAGGCAAGAGGCUCUUCUCUCUGGCAGAUCACAGUGGGGAAGGGGGAACUGUAAAGCAGGACUGGAACCCCAGGAGCCAGGUUCACUCUGCCGUCAUUUCUGAAGCACAGCCAGAAGAUUCCCACAAUCCCCUGCUGACUCUUUUCCCAGAAGUUGCCUUCUAGGGAGGUCUCCAUGGCCACUAUCUCCAUGUACCCUUGACUGAUGCGGUUUGACUUUUAAAAAAUUCAUUGUGGUA